AGAGUAGUCGUGUAAUUGACUUUCGUGGUAUUUCACCUCUAGUUUGUCGAUGUUUUCGUUUCCGCCGCGCAGGAAUGAAGAGAAGAUUCGUUGCGGAUGAUGGAAAAUAGAUCGAAUGCGUUUUUUUUUUCGUACGUUGUCCCGCCAGUGUCACAGUUUUACAGUCUUGUGAUUGGUCUCGGUGGCGCUUACAACCAAUUUCUAGAAGUCGUUAUUCGACAUGUGGGCACCUGCAUCCUCGAGCUCACUUCCAACGCCAGGGACGCUGGUAGGCCUGCGUGGGGCCGUCGCGGGAGACUCUGUACACGACGACCUCCGACCGCCCCAACAAACGAGCGAGCUGUCAACUUUUGAUCGGUGGAAAUGUCAGCUAUUCGGCCAAAACGCACUGAAGUGGUGGAAAGUAGAAACGCUGGCUCACGCGUUGUCGGCGAUGAGGGCAGCACCGGACUUCUACUGUGUGCGUUGUCCGCCAAAAUGUGGUCACGUUGCCGGCUUUUCGCCGGAGAAGAACGCGGUAGGAACCAAGAGACAUAGUUUUUUGCGUAGUUUCUUGCAUGAAAUCUUCUUUGGAUCGCCAUGCUAGUUCCUUGUGUUGAGGUUUCGAGCACUGAAACAGUCGCAUUUAUUUACUUGUACUUUAUGGCUCCAGGUCUGGAUAUGUGGGAACUUGGUUCACAACCCGUUUGAGUUCCGUCGCCUGCUGGCCCACGAGCUGGUUCACGCCUUUGAUUACGCCCGGGCGCACAUGAGAACGCGUGAGCACCUGCUUUGCACGGAAAUCCGGGCCUGGUCGCUGUCUGGCCAGUGCGAUCUGUGGGUAAAUUUCUGGAAGUUUCUGGGUGACGACAUGAUCGACCGCAAGCAGCGCUGUGUCAAGGAGAACGCCCUGCUCAGUGUCCGGCAAAAAGAAAUCUCGGCAGGGACAACACGAAGAGGAAGAUCUACUGCGUCCACGCUUAAACCACAAGAACUUAACACCGACUCCGUCGGUCUUGGGGCUAUGGUUGAAGGGAAGCCAGGAGGCAGUAUGGAAGGUGGAGUGAAGCUCGAGCUGCUGCCCGUAGUAAAGCGUGACGGAAAUAUAACUAAGCCUGAGAGGACGGGAGCUAUUGACGCGGAAAUUUUCAGACAGUGUUACGACGACCACUGGCCGUUCACGGCGAAAGCACACCUUGAUACGUCUUGGCGCAAGCCCGCGCGUGGAGCAUAGGGGAUCUCUGAGGAUGAGCAACCGAAGGCUGCUGCAGGUACUGACGACGGCCAUGUUGCCUCCUGUGGGGCUAUUGAUUCUAC